AUGAGUGAAGUAAUAGUUACAUUCAGAAAUAUGAAAGACAAGGAGUUUGUUACUCCUCCAAUGCAGGUUGCAGAGGAUUUCUCACCUGCGCAGAUGGAGCAGUUUCUGAACAGUUUUUUAAAUCAGGACAAGUCCUAUGCCUUCUUCUACAAUGGAGAGCAGAUUCAGAAAAUUCCAGAGUGUGAGAAGGAGCAGACUCUUGAGAUUGAGUUCAUUGCAGUAACAAAGAUUAUGUCUGAGACAGCCAAAAUAGAUGUGGACAGUGCAAUUACUUCAAUUUCAAUACGAAGAAAUCCUGAGAUUCAUAUAGACACUGUUAUAGUGUGCACUACCACUGGAGAAACCAAAGAGUAUUCACUUGGUCCUGGAAUUGAACUAAUAAAGGAGUUUAACUCAUUCAAGCCAAUUAGGGCAGUUACCUCAACAGAAGAGGGUAUAUAUGUUCUUACCACUACAAAUAAAGUGGUUGACAUUGAGAAAGGAGAAAUUGUAUUUGAGGCAGACCAGCCAAUAAGAACAAUUGGAAACUGCAAGAACUAUUUGGCAAUUGGCCUGGCUUCAGAUGAAAUUGUUAUUUUAACAGACAACAAAGAAUCCACACGGUUUAAAGCAGGAGGAGAAAUUGGUAAAACUAUUUUCAGAGUGAUAAAUGACGAGAUUGUUCUAAUAGUUGCUAUUAUAGAAGGAAUAAUUGAGAUAUACAAGGGAAGCGACUGGAAGAAGACUGAGUAUAGUCUUCCUACACCAAUCACUGCUGCUGGGUAUGAGGGAGAGAAGAUAUAUGCUGGCGGGCUAGGUGGUGGCAUAUACAUAUGCAGUAUGAGUGGGCUGGAAAAGCAGUAUCAGUCAGAUGUUGAGUUUAUUUCCAGAAUUGAGUGCGGAACUACAUUCUUUGGGUAUUCAAACAAAAACAGCAUUCUUUUGCGAGACAAAGAAAAUUACACUGGCACUCAUAAGAUAGAACUUAGCACGCCUGUUGCAGAUAUUAAAAUAUCUGGAAAAAGACUGUUUGUUGCCGAGGGAAGCAGUUUAAAAAUGUUCAAUAUAUUUGAUGAAUAAAAAAAUAAGC